UCGGAAUGGAAAACAGCAAAGGCUUUACUUAUAAUACAACAGAAAAUGGGAGUGAAGGUGAACACAACGCAACAUAUAUUGUAUCCCCUGCAGAUGAUGGGUUGACUUUCACUAAAAUCAGACACGGACAUCCUGUUAUUAAUGCAAGGGCAAAUUAUGCUAAGACCUUGCAUUUCCAUGACUAUCUGGGUACUAUACACAGUGUUUUAAUUAAGGAAGACUUUAAGUCUCCAAGAGCACAUCAGAGUUUUGAUCCACAUGAGAAGAUGAGGAAAGUGAAGUCUGAGAAUAAUUUCAGUACCAUAGAAUUACCGGACAUGGCAUAUGUAAGCCAUGGGAAGCUUUAUUUUCUAACUAGACAUGCAGAUCAAAAAGAAUGGGAAAGACCAAGCAAAUACCUUUUCACUGCAUCCAUACAAGUGGGAAAUCUUGAAAGGAAAGAAAAGUUUCCAAAUAUUACAGCAAUAAAGGAAGACAUUGAAGGAAAUUUAACAUGCAUGGAAAACCAACCAGCUGAAGGUUCUCAUUCUCUAGCUGUGUGCUUUCAUAAUAUUGUAAUAUUGCUCAAGAGAUUACCAGACAAGGAAAUAGUCAACUUAGCAGAUUUUUAUUUCCAAGACCUACAUCCCAAAACCUCAUUACGCAAACAUAUGAUUGAAAAUAUGUUGGAUGUUUACUCAGCACUUAAUACAGAGUUGACUGAAAAACUGCUGGUGGAAAAAUUCUUCCUUAACCCAAAGCCAGACCCUGAAUUUAUUCAAAGAAUUGUUGCACAUAUAGCAACUAAUGACAAGGCACCACAUGAGCUUUUAUUAAACACUCUUGAGGAUGCUGUAUUUCACCAGGAGAAAUUUCCUAAAGAGUUUUAUCACAGGGGGACUUACAGUAGAUGCCUGUUGGCUUUAGGAGCUAUCAGUAAUUUACUUGUAAAAGAGGGACAACUACAGAGAGCAAAAGAAAUGAUCAGAAAAGUCCACGGAAUGUUGGGAAUGCAUGAUCCCUGGGAGUACAGAAAGAAAAGAAGUGUAAUGACAGAGGAAGAAAAGGAAUCUUAUGACCAUCACAAAGUGAUUCUCCUGGAGACACUGGGGAAUGCUAGAAUGGAGGAGUCCUAUGAUUACAUUAUCUCUCACAUCAAUAGUACAAACUCACAGUGGAUCAAAAGGGCUGGAUGUCAUGCACUCAGGAAAUAUGAACAUCAACAUGCUGCUGAUUCUUUGUUGUAUUCUGCCUUGUUUGAUGAGGACCAAUCUGUUCGUUAUGAAGCUACUCUGUUGUACAUGUCUCACCCAAAAGGAAGAAUGCUGAUAGCCCCUUUAAACAAAUUUAAUCAAAAUCACAAUGAAUCAGGCUACUUGGAUGAAGACCCAUAUGAUUCAGGAAUUGAUGUUAUGGACCUCUCAAACAACUUCAGAAGAGAACGUCGUAGCAUCUGGGAUGGUUUGAAAUUCAGAUUGGAAGCCCCUGGUGUUGACUGGCGAAAAAUGAUUGGAUCUAGAUCCAUUGGAGCUUCAUUUGGAGUUGUUAUGAUGAAUCUUAUGGACUUGGAAGUUGCUCCAUCAAAUGGACAUGUUCAAGUUAAAGUUCACGAUGAGGCAUAUGCAAGAAUAAACCUUGGAUGUGUCGAUACCAACAUAGACUUUUUUGUGGCUAGAGUCUGCUUCAAAGGAGGGGCCCAGUACAGCAUAAACAUAUUCCAAGUAAUUUUCAUGGGGUCAAAUUUUUGUGAUUUGAGGAAAAAAUAUGGGUUUGUGGGGAUUUAA